CCGUACUCGGCUCAUAUUGACGGGCGGGUGGGUUAUAGAGUCAUAAGCCAAUGUGCUUUUGGUAACCCAACUUUUCUUUUCACGUGUGUGGUCAAUUAAACCUUCAACAUCAACUGUCAGUGGUCAGUCUGUAGUUUGACAGACCCCAAAAGUCAACUAGCAAAUCUUCUUAAUUCGCGAGUGUUUGAUGAAGAAAACUGAGAUAAUCGUAUGUGUGCCUUUUGUGUGUAUCCCGUUUCCAGACUAUAGCUAGUUGCUAUACGGUGUUAAUAUAUUAACAUUUGAUUUUUUUAUCAUUUCUUCAGUGUGCGAUGCGCUUCGAAAUGGACAGAUGUAUCCCCAACCAAGCGGGAGAUAUACCAGACACCCAGGGUUAUCUAGAUCUACGUAAACAACAGAUGACAUCCUCACCCCCUGGUUCUAACGUUCUACCCGCAGUCUACAGAGAAGACUUGUGUAACAGCGGUGAAACAAUGCUACCUCAAGAUUCUUCAUUCGACGAUUGUAGUGAUGAUGAACAAUUGGAUGUGGACUCACCCCCUCCUUCUCCGAUCCCCUCCCCCGGUGGGGGAAGUGAUGGGGAAAUUAUGGAUAAGGACAAAUCUCUUGAUUCGAGUGCUAACAAUGACUCUCCUGUGAAAAUCAACGCGAGUGGUGACUCACAAGAUGACGCUUUGAAGAAGAAACAGAAUUUAGUAAAACCACCGUAUUCUUACAUCGCUUUAAUAACAAUGUCUAUUUUACAAUCUCCGAGAAAAAGACUCACGUUGUCUGGUAUCUGUGAAUUUAUCAUGACCAGAUUCCCUUAUUAUCGAGAGAAGUUCCCGGCUUGGCAGAACAGCAUCCGUCACAACUUGUCACUCAAUGAUUGUUUUGUAAAAAUUCCUCGAGAACCCGGAAACCCCGGCAAGGGCAAUUAUUGGAGCUUGGACCCCAGAAGCGAAGAUAUGUUCGAUAAUGGCAGUUUUUUGCGACGUCGUAAACGCUACAAGCGCCAUAUGAUGGAUAUGCACCAUGCAGCUUUUGUGUCACCUGCCGACUCGUAUCUGCAUCAUCACGGGAUACUUGCCGCCCACGGACCUCAGCUAUCUUUUGGACCUGGAUCGGGCGUGAUGCCGUACCCGUAUAUGUCUCCCUUUUCUCACCAUUUUCCCUUCCUCCAUGGGGAUUACAGCCGUGCUCAAGCCUCCCAUCCCGGUCUACACUCCAUAGGACAAGCAACGUUCCAGGGACUCAAUUCCUCAAAUUAUUUAUCUAGUCAAUUACAGAAUUUAGAGAAACAACAACAACAGCAACAACAACAAUUAGAAAAACAAGAAAAGGCGAAAUCCAGCUCACCACCGGUCCCGAAACCCGGUUUCUUUAUAGACAGUUUAAUUGGUAAUACAAGUAGUUCGAGUAGUUCGAGUAAGCCAUCAAUUACAAACUCUACGUCAUUAUCAUCAACGUCUCCUGUGACGUCUUUUAGACCCUCGCUAGCGUCUGUGUUACCCAGUUUAGGUCUUCCGUCAUCGUUAGGCGCUCUACGACCGGGAUUAGUAGACUUUCCACGAUCAGGAACCAGUGCUUUCUCGUCACCCCUCGGGGUUUCUGGACUCUCUCCCCUCGAUAUCGAAAAAUAUCGCCAGUACGUUCAGGCAUGUACCAUACCAACCUGGCCUCGCUGAGGCGACCAACAUCAAAAGUGUUUAGGUUAUUUCCUAUGAUCUCAAAAACAACAAAAAGUCGAGGCGGCCGGCGUCUGGACACAUCGCUAGCCACGGUUCGAACAGUGGUCAAAUCUAGGAGGGAUUUUCCGUGGAUGGAAAAGGCUUAAAGUAAUUGAACUAGAUGAAAGACACUGUCGAUGUUCCACAUUCCCUUCCAAACACUAUGUGUCAUUUUACUAAUUAUAGCCUUUAACGACUCGACAGGGUUAGUUAGCCUAUGGAAAUUCUCUAUAACCGAUGUGAGUAGAUUUAUUUGGUUUUUUGAAAAUAUUUGUCAGUUUUCUUGUUAGGUAUGUAUGAAAUAGUUCGCCUUGUCGGUGUGGGGGCCAUUGCAGAUUAUAUCCAGCUUGAUAGAAUGUUAUCUAGUGACUUGUUAAAGGUUUUUGUCCACAUAAAUUGUUCAUAUUAUAAAUGUGAGAACACUGUUACCCCCCAUUAUUAUUCUGACGUGUAGACAUUUUUAAAACAUUCUUACGUGUUGUAAAGACUUAUUGGACGAAAAGAAUAAUAUUACACAAAGCAAAAUUCAUCCAUGUUAUGAAUUGUACUGUACAUUUUGUAAUUAUGCUUUAGGUCAUAUUUCUUUUAUCAAUUAAAUUAUUAAAAUGGAUGAAUUUUUAGUGCAAUUGUUGUUAGAGAUUUCUCUUUGUUUUUUGUUUCGCCCAAGUUGUAAAUAAUCUUUAUUAUUAUUAAAUAUGAAGCUAUGAUUAGAUCAUAAUAUAGAUAUACAGUAGAUGAUGAUGAUGAUGAAUAUUUAUGACUUUUACUUACAUCAUUGCAAGACAUUUAAUUAUAUAUAUAUAUAUCAUGAAUAUAAGUUUCAGUCAUCCAACUAAACAUGUUCAA